CAAGGUAUAGACAAGCGUGUAAACAAACAGACUAAACCACACAAUCGCAAAAUAAGUCGAUAGUAAGUAGUAGUGAAAUGGCAACCUUGGCGGGGUUUCGGGGUGAUGUCAGAUGGACAAAGCAUUGAAAUAACCCUACACACCAACUAUCGACCAACUUGAAGCUUUGAUCAUGACUGAAACAAAAAAGUCAGCAAAUGGAGGAAAGAAACAAGACAUCCCUAUUGUAGAAGAGGCGUUUUUUAAGGUCCACUAUAUUUUCCCAAAUGGUGAUACUUAUGAAGGAGACUGUCGUCGCACAGUGGAGGGGGUGGUAAUGAGGGAAGGAGAAGGCGUCCAAAAGCAAUCCUGUGGAAUCACAUACAGAGGACAGUGGAGCGAGGACAAGAUGACUGGCCCUGGGGUACUGGAACAUCCCUCUGGUGCAAAGUAUGAGGGAGAGUUCCUGAACAACAUGUACCAAGGCAACGGAACAUACCACUUUGCUGACGGAACCAAAUACAUCGGAACAUUCCAUGAGAACAGGUUAGAGGGAGAAGGGGAGUUCACUGCUGCUGAUGGACUCAAGUGGACGGGCAGCUUCCACAACAGAGCUGCACCCGGACUCAAGCUCAAACUCAACAUGUGACACAAACACACACACACACACACACACACACACACACACACACACACACACACACACACACACACACACACACACACACACACACACACACACACAUUCAGGAUGCAGCUACCGCACCGCACCGCAGCUUUGGGACUGAUGCUCAAACUCUUCAUGGGAGUCAGGACUCACUUGCAGCAUCAGCUGCUCUGUGUGCUGUGGAGGACUGGUCACAUGGACACAUCUGAUGCUUUUGAAAUGGACUCUGA